AUGCCUUUGUUAAUUCAGAAGGAAGGAUUUAACCGCAUAAACUCGACAGUGGAGCUGUUUGAGAAAUACCCGCAUUUACAGGACAAUGCAAGACAGUUUCGUUCUAGGCCACUUGUGGAAGUGGACCCAAAGCGUUUUUUGUAUGUUCAGCAAAGAGAAUAUGCUGCAACAACACCAGCAGACAAAUGUGUCUCCAUCAUUGGGUCAGAUGAUGCAACCACCUGCCAUUUAGUUGUUCUCCGACACACAGGAAAUGGAGCAGCUUGUGUUGGUCAUUUGGAUGGUUCCAGUACUUGGUCAGAAGUUCAGCUUAUUAUAAAAUCUGUACUAUCACUCAGUCACCACUGCAAAGACGGCAGACUGGAGCUUCAUCUGGUGGGGGGAUUCAAUGACGACUCCAAGACAUCUGAUAAUUUAAGCCUUAACAUUUUAGCCGCCUUUCAUAAACAAAAAGAACAUGUUCAUCUUGAGACUUGUUGCAUAACAGAAAUGAAUGACACUGUUGUUAAUGGGACUCAUAGACCUCUAGUGUAUGGAAUAGGCGUAAAUGUGAAAACAGGUGAAGUUUUUCCCUCUUUGUUCACCUGUAAAGGACCGGCAGAACAGCUGCGCUCAGCUCGAACCUUCACUGGAGGAGAGAUGGCAGAGAUAUAUGAUUCUGUCCGUGGGUUGGUCAAAAUUGGCCCUUGCAAGUGGUCUCCAAAUUCAGAAAUUGCUUUCUGGUUGGAUCAAAGUGAUGCCACAAUUCUAAAGUACUUGUCAACCUCUCCCAAUGCUGAGCCACCUCACUUUGUUCAGCACAUGAAGUCUACCAUCCAAUUUAUUUUAGAGCAUCCCAGUGCAGAUGGCCUCUUUCCAUCAGGACAGCCGCAGCUCUACCACAGAACAGAACAAGGAGACUGGGAAAGGACUGUCCAGUCAUAG